AAUCCUUCCUGUAUCCUCACCAUUUUUCGAAGAUGGGACGAAGCCAACGGAGGCUCUCCUCCACCGUCGAGGUCCCAGGCCGUGAUGCCGACUCCGACGACCGCCGGCGGCACCGUGAGAACCACCCUAUAUCCCGAUCCCCUUCUCCUCUGCCGCGCUCUCGCAGCCCCGACUACCGUCGUUGGUCCCCGUACAAUGAUCGGCCGUCUCGCUAUUCCAAGCCUUCCCGACGCUACGACGAUGGAGCUCCCAGCGAUGAGGAUCUCCAGGGCUUGAGCUUCUUCGAGGCUCGCCGCAUCAAGCGCAUCCGGCUUAGGAAGAAUCGGUACAGGUGCUUAUGGCGUGUGACUCCUAGCCCUCCUCGCGCGGAAUGGGAGGAGCCGCAAUCGGAGUUUUCGGAUGAUCCUGAUGCUGUGGUGAAAGAGGAGGAGGAGGAGGAGAAGCGGGAGAGAUCUAGAUCUCGUGGAUCGGUUGAUGAGAGUGCAUCGGAUACGGAGAAUUCUGGUUCUGAUUCUGAGAGUGAGAGCCCGUCGCCGAGGAAGCGCAGGGAUAGAAGGAGGCGGACGAGGACGACAAAGAGGAGGAGCAGGAAGGAAAGCUCAUCGGAGAUGGAUUCAGGGUCGGAGUCCGAAAGUUCAUAUGAGUCUUUCAGCGAGGAAGAGGAUAGAAAACGCAAGAAAAGGAGUCGGAGAUCGAGAUCGAGCAAGAAGAGCAGUGGGAGAAAGAGUUCGCGGAAGAGGAGAUUGACUAGCUCUGAUGAGAGUGAGGAAUUGGAGAAGAAGAGGUUAUCCAAGGGGAUCAAGAAGAGCAAGAGGCCGAAAUCAGAGAGCCCUGGGGAAUCAGAUGAGGAAGCUCAGCCCAUAGAGAGUAGUAUCAAGAUGCCUGAAAUUGAUCCAGAAGCUCUCAUGUUCAAGGAGAUGAUUGAGUCCCAAAAAAAGCCGGCUUUGGAGAAUGAACCUUUUGUUGGUCCAGCACCGUUGCCUCGUGCUGAGGGGCAUAUAAGCUAUGGUGGUGCUUUGCGGCCUGGUGAGGGAGACGCCAUUGCUCAGUAUGUGCAGCAAGGGAAGCGUAUUCCAAGGAGAGGAGAGGUUGGUUUAUCUGCUGAAGAAAUUCAGAAGUUCGAGAGUUUGGGGUAUGUGAUGAGUGGGAGCAGGCAUCAAAGGAUGAAUGCUAUUCGUAUUAGGAAAGAAAACCAGGUUUAUAGUGCUGAGGAUAAGCGUGCAUUGGCUAUGUUCAAUUAUGAAGAAAAGGCAAAACGAGAGCACAAAGUCAUGGCUGACCUGCACCGGUUGGUGCAACGACACAUUGGGCAGGACAUGGGUCCGACGCAUGAUCCUUUUGCACCAAAGGCUUCUGACGCGGCAGAUUCUUGAAUGGGUUUGUUUGUUGAUCAAGGUUUCGAACAGCAACGCUUUUCUUGCAAAUGAGCCCGAAACUUAUGCAAUGCAAUGAUAAAGAAUUUCACCAACACCUGCCUUGGCUGCUACAUGACUUUCAUUUAGUAGUGUCAGCGAAGAUCAGUGGUCGUUUCUCUGCUUUUCUUUUUUUCUGAAGUUUUGAUUAUGUGAAUUAGGUUUGUACACGCCUACUUGUAAGAGCUGACAAAUUAUAAUCAAGCCAUCUAAGCCAAUGACUGCUGAAGUAUAUGAGUCUUGCUGGCUAAGUGGAUAACAACUUCGAUAUCAUGUUUAUGUAUGUUGCAGGUAAAAAAUUAUUGUGAUAUGAUUGUUGAUUUAUAUA